AUUUCAUUUUCAGAGCAGGAAGUAGGAACCGAACGCGAAUUCGGAGCAGCAGAAGAUUAGGAUCGAAGCUGAAAAUGGUUGAGGAAACAGAGAAAUCAGCGAGCACCGCCAUCAAAGAGGAAGCAGAGAACUUGACAUCGAUGAUGAAGAAUCACCUCAACCUGGGGGAAGUGGAGCCGGAGGCGGAGGAAGUGGAGAUCGUCGGUGGCGAUCCGAAUCACGACGCGAAGGCGAUGGCGGCGGCGGCGGCGGCGCCGCCACCAAGGCACCCGCUGGAGCAUUCAUGGACAUUCUGGUUCGACAAUCCUUCAGCUAAAAAUAAACAGGCGGCAUGGGGAAGCUCAAUUCGACCGAUUUUCACCUUCUCCUCCGUCGAAGACUUCUGGAGUGUUUACAAUAAUGUACACCAUCCCAGCAAACUAGCAGUGGGAGCAGAUUUUCAUUGUUUCAAAAAUAAAAUAGAGCCAAAAUGGGAAGACCCUGUUUGUGCUAAUGGAGGAAAGUGGACUGUGAAUUUUUCGAGGGGUAAAUCUGACACUGCUUGGCUAUACACGUUGCUGGCAAUGAUUGGAGAGCAGUUUGAUUACGGAGAUGAAAUUUGUGGAGCGGUUGUCAAUGUCCGAGCAAGGCAGGAGAAAAUUUCUAUAUGGACCAAGAAUGCUGCGAAUGAAGUUGCUCAGGUAAGCAUUGGAAAACAAUGGAAGGAGUUUUUGGAUUACAAUGAAUCAAUUGGCUUCAUAUUCCAUGAUGAUGCAAAGAAGCUUGACAGGGGCGCCAAGAAUCGUUACAGUGUGUAGUUGUUCUGUGGCUGAUUCUCACCCCGACAACCCCUUUCUAUUUUUGUCUUUAGAUAGUCUUUUUUUCUUCUGGAUUCUAGUCUGUAACCCCGGACUUCAGAGUACCAAUUCAAUAUUCCGAUCACUGAUACAUUUUGAUUAUUAUUCUGAAUUUCCAAUGAUGAUGCGGUCUUGGACAUUUUGUGUACAUGCACGUUUGUUUGAGCA